AUGUCUUUAAGCAAACAGGAACGUCCUGAAGAUCGUCUUUCUGCUCUUGAUUUCCUUGGAGGUCAUCAGAAGAUCAAAGCUUCGAAAAAAUCGCGUCAUCAGAAUGCCAUCGGAGUGACAUCGUUCUUCGGUUUGAACAUUAAACAAUUUUUCACAUCUCGCAUUGGAAAACCAGCUGAUGCCAAAAUUAAAGAAGGAGAGAAAUGUGCGAUAAUCGAGAAAUCAUUCUGCGAGAGCGACGAUGAGCAGUUUCCAUGGCUUGCUCUUCCCGAUGAUCUUCGUGAGACAAUCGUCCACAAAAUGCCACUUCAAUCUAGAAUCAACUUGGCUGCCACUUCCAAAGACGAACGUGAUUUCGUUAAGAAUAUGAAAGUAACUUGCAAAUUAUUUGCAAUCGAAGACUUGGCCGUUCGCAGCACUAACAUCCGACGCUAUCCAGGGCUCUUUGAUAAAGUUUAUGCACAUUUCGGAAAAAAGUACUUCGUAAACUUCCUCUGUGACUGGCAACAUGAUAUUGCCAUCUGCUUCUGUGAGCAAGUUCGUCCAUUCAAAGUGGUGACUAAAGUCUACUGGCUUUCACCAUUGGGAAUCUUAAAGAAGACAAUUGUCCCAGGAGUAUCAGCAUAUGAUCUUGCUGUUCAAACAGCCAGAGACUUUUUCAAACUUCUCACUGAUGAUUGCAAGAAAUCAUCAGUUGCAUUGUCUGGAUGGCCAAAAGACGUCUUCGAGAUUCCAGAACUCCGAAAGAGCCACACCAUUGGUUCUUGCUACGAUGAAGUCGAGUCUCUUCACAAGACAUUGGACUUCUUCAAACCAUACAGUUUCGAUUGCUACAUGCAUAAAACAUCAAUCAAAUACAUGUGGCCAUUCUCAUUCUACUACGUUGCUCGACAUGGAAUUCCAGGUUGGUUCAGAAUGAAGGCUAAGGAUCAUGCACUCAGCAACCAGAUGCUCGAGAAGGACAUUCAGAUCAUGAUUCUUCACGAUACAUUGAUCAGCGUCGAAUCAAUGAAUGAGUUCAUGAGAAGAUGGCAGAAUGGACAAAUCUCCGAAAAGUUCUGCUGGUGGGCAAUCAGUACUGUGAUGGGCGUGGAAGUGGAAGAAGUUAUUGAUCGACUAAAUGUCAUUUUCGUCGAGGAGAAAUACGGACCAAAAUACAACUUCUCAAAACGAGCCUCAAAGAAGUCAAAGCCACCACAAAUGGUUCGAAUGGUCAGAUACGAUAUUCAGAGCACCGUCAAUCGCAAUGCUUAUGGAACCAUCAUCGUUCGCGACAAUAUGGUCAUGUUCGGAAAUUCAGGUUGUGCUCCAAAAGUUGAUGAGAGAGGAUUGCUCACCUACGCUUCGAAGUCAUCCGUUCACGAAAUCCACUUCUAA